AUGCUUGUUUUGGAUUCUGUUCCCACUGUGUCUCCUGCUUUGCCUGAUGACGUCAAACUUGAUGCCACGCCGUCGGCGCAAGAGCCCCAACAUUCGGUCGAGGUGGUGUUGACAUCCCCCCCGACACAGGCAUCACCACAUGUUGACGACACUUCGGUGCAGACAGCUGUUUGUCGGAAAAUCGCUUCUAGAACUGCGCGCUCCGCUUCAGCGGAUUCCAACCCUAUCUCUCCACCUCCUACACUUCCAAUACCUACACCUUCUGAUGCCGGUGCCGACGUUCCUGAUGCAGUUUUCCCCUUGCUUGCUCCUUCUUCUGAUUCCUCUCGCCCUGCUAAUCCUUCGGAUGCCUUGGUUGACGUGCCUGAUCUCGAACCCCCCACUCCACCUGCUCUUGAAUCUGGUGUGCAUCAGAUACGCCGUCGGGUGAAAGUGCCCCCCAAUCUUCACGCGGUGCGGAAAAAACACAAGCAUGCAAAGGAUGACUCUGAUUCCGUUGAUUCCGGGCAAUCACCCUCUGCCAUGUCUGAUGUUGAUGAUCUGGAUGUCGUUGCUUCUAAUGUGGUGUAA